UAUAUAACAGUCUUCCCCCGAACUAUGACUAAAGGCAAGCGAUCAGAAGAACAUGAUGACAGGGGAUCACAAGAAGCAGGGCCAGAUCCUUCAGCGCCUGUUACCAGACGUGGAGUUCUGACGUCUUUUCUUAGUGGGAAACCUAUGGAUAUUCCAGAACAAGAUAUUUUUGGACGAUGUCGCUUUGUAUCUGAAUUUGAGAAGUUAAAUAGGAUUGGUGAAGGCACUUAUGGCAUAGUCUAUCGAGCACGUGAUACUAAGACGGACAAGGUGGUGGCACUGAAGAAAGUUCGCAUGGAACAUGAGAAAGAUGGAUUACCUGUCAGUGGAUUGCGAGAGAUCUCUGUCCUCCUCAGUUGUCGUCAUGAAAACAUUGUUCACCUGAAAGAAGUUGUAGUUGGAAGAAGUCUUGAGAGUAUUUUCUUGGCAAUGGAGUACUGUGAACAGGAUUUAGCCAGCCUUCUUGAUAAUAUGCAAGCUCCGUUCUCAGAAUCACAGGUGAAAUGUAUUAUGCUGCAGGUGCUUCGUGGUCUGCGCUACCUCCAUCGCAACUUCAUUGUUCAUCGAGACUUGAAAGUGUCAAACUUACUAAUGACAGACAAGGGAUGUGUCAAAAUAGCUGAUUUUGGUUUGGCACGCUGGUUUGGUCUCCCUUUGCGUCCGAUGACACCUCGGGUAGUAACUCUAUGGUACAGGGCUCCUGAACUGCUACUGCAGGCACGUACUCAGACUACCUCUGUUGACAUGUGGGCGGCUGGUUGUAUACUGGGAGAGCUCUUGGGACAUCGUCCACUGUUGCCAGGACGCUCUGAACUUGGCCAGUUGGAACUGAUUGUGGAUCUUUUAGGGACUCCUUCUGAUGCAAUUUGGCCAGAAUUUUCAUCAUUACCAGCUCUUCAGAGCUUCACAUUGAAACAGCAGCCAUACAACAAUUUAAAGCAGAGAUUCCCCUGGUUAUCAGCUGCAGGACUACGACUUCUGAAUUUUCUCUUCAUGUAUGAUCCCAAGAAAAGAGCUACUGCUGAAGAAUGUCUCCAGAGUUCAUACUUCAAGGAAGCACCACUACCUUGUGAUCCGAAAUUGAUGCCAACAUUUCCUCAACAUCGGAACCUGAAAGCAUCCAAAACAGCAACUCAGGCUGGUGCCAGUACUUCAACACAAGAGAACACCAACAACUCUGGAGAGCAUUCCUUGCACCUACCUGCCAUAUCUGACCUGCUUGGAACUCUUGUGAAGAAACGUAGAUUGGAGUGAUGUGCCGCUCAACAUGAGUGUCAUCAUUAGUGUUGUGAAGUGUGGAGAAAAUAUAUUGAUUUACCAUUAUAUAGUUAAAUAUAAUGCCCAACUUUACUUGAAAUAAAGGACCAUAAUUUGCA